AUCAGCACAAGGAAUAAAACCAUCAGCAUCAAGUAAAGCAAAACGAAAACGAGCUUCAGCUCUUUAUCAACAAAAACAACAACAACAUCAACAUCAACAACAACAAUUUACAUAA